CCAACUCACCCACACCGCCCCUCACACCCAGCCAAACCAAAGCGGUGGGCUUGGGGUGGGAUGUCAGGGGUCUUGCCCUGACACCCAUGCAUUCAUUGUUUGUUUUUUCCGCAGGUGCCAUCAUGCUGCUGAGAGCCGGCCUCAGCCCCGUCCUCCACACUGCCCGCUACCGGCCCGGUGUGGUGACUGCGGGCUGUGUGGCGUUGGUGCGGUGCUGGAGCUCGGUGCCGCUGCAGGGCCGGACAGUGGGGAAGCCGUUUGCUCACCGCAGUGAGCUGCGGCAGGCCAAGCGUGUGGUGGUGAAGCUGGGCAGCGCCGUGGUAACCCGCGGUGAUGAGUGUGGCCUGGCCCUUGGCCGCCUCGCAUCCAUCGUGGAGCAGGUGGCGAUGCUGCAGAACCAGGGCCGGGAGAUGCUGAUCGUGACAAGCGGCGCGGUGGCCUUCGGCCGGCAGAGGCUGCGGCACGAGAUCCUCCUGUCCCAGAGUGUCCGGCAGGCCCUGCACUCCGGGCACAGCCAGCUGAAGGAAAUGACGGUGCCAGUGCUGGAGGCGAGGGCCUGCGCAGCCGCCGGUCAGAGCGGCCUCAUGGCAUUGUACGAGGCCAUGUUCACCCAGUACAGCAUCUGUGCCGCACAGAUCCUGGUGACCAACCUGGACUUCCAGGACGAGCAGAAGCGUCGCAACCUGAGCAGUACGUUGCACGAGCUGCUGCGCAUGAACAUCGUGCCCAUCAUCAACACCAAUGAUGCAGUUGUGCCCCCCCCAGAGCCCAGCGCAGACCUGCAGGGGGUGAUCAGCAUCAAGGAUAACGACAGCCUGGCUGCGAGGCUGGCAGUGGAGAUGCGGGCGGACAUGCUGAUCGUGCUGUCUGACGUAGAGGGCCUGUACGACUGUCCCCCUGGUCUCGACGACGCCAAGCUGAUAGACACCUUCUACCCCGGGGACCAGCAGUCCGUCACCUUUGGCACCAAGUCCAGGGUGGGGCUCGGCGGCAUGGAGGCCAAGGUGAAGGCGGCUCUCUGGGCCCUACAGGGGGGCACCUCAGUGGUGAUCGCCAGCGGCACCCACCCAAAGGUGACAGGUCACGUGAUCACAGACAUCGUCGAUGGCAAGAAGGUUGGCACAUUCUUCUCCGAGGUGAAGCCUGCAGGCCCCACGGUGGAGCAACAGGCCGAGAUGGCGCGGGCCGACGGCAGAAUUCUCGCCUCACGGAGGCCGGAGCAGCGCGCGGACAUCAUCCACCGACUGGCCGAGCUGCUGACCGACAACCGCGAGGAGAUCCUGGCCGCCAACCGGAGAGACACAGAGAGAGCUGCUGCUACAGGCCGCCUGUCCCCCCCUCUGCUGAAUCGCCUGUCCUUGACCACGGCCAAGCUGAACAGCCUGGCCAUCGGGCUGCGGCAGAUCGCGUGCUCGGCGCGGGACAGCGUGGGCCGGCUGCUGCGGCGCACACGUGUGGCUAACGGGCUGGAGCUGGAGCAGGUCACCGUGCCCAUUGGCGUCUUACUCGUCAUCUUCGAGUCCCGGCCCGACUGCCUGCCCCAGGUGUCGGCCCUGGCGGUUGCCAGUGGCAACGGUCUGCUGCUGAAGGGGGGGCGUGAGGCGUCGCACAGCAACCGGAUGCUGCACCGCCUCACGCAGGAGGCCCUGUCCCUGCACGGGGUGGGGGAGGCCGUGCAGCUGGUGAGCACGCGUGAGGAUGUGGAGGACCUGUGCCGCCUGGACAAGCUGAUCGACCUGAUCAUCCCACGCGGUUCCUCCCAGCUGGUACGGGACAUUCAGCGGGCAUCGCGGGGAAUACCCGUGCUGGGUCACAGCGAGGGCAUCUGCCAUGUCUACCUCGACACACACGCCAACAUCGACAAGGCCAUCAAGAUCGUGCGCGACUCCAAGUGUGACUAUCCCGCCGCCUGCAAUGCCCUGGAGACGCUGCUGGUUCACCGUGACCACCUGAGGACUCCCUUCUUCGACCAGAUCAUUGACAUGCUGAGGAUGGAGCAGGUGAAGAUCCACGCGGGGCCGCGGUUCGCCUCGUACCUGACCUUCAGCCCGUCUGAGGUGCGGUCACUACGCACCGAGUACGGGGACCUGGAGUGCUGCAUCGAGGUGGUGGACGGAGUGCAGGAGGCCAUCGCACACAUCCACAAGUACGGCAGCUCACACACCGACGUCAUCGUCACCGAAAGUGAGGAGACGGCUGAGUACUUCCUGCAGCAUGUGGACAGCGCCUGUGUGUUCUGGAACGCCAGCAGCAGGUUCUCCGAUGGAUACCGCUUCGGGCUGGGGGCGGAGGUGGGCAUCAGCACGGCACGGAUCCACGCGCGGGGCCCGGUUGGGCUGGAGGGGCUGCUCACCACCAAGUGGCUGCUGCGGGGGGAGGGCCAGGGGGUGUGUGACUUCGCCGAGCAGGGCAACAUGAGCUACAUACACGAGAACCUGCCCGUGCCCCACCAACUGUAGUGUCCUGCACUCCCCACUGCACCCCCACUUAGCAUAGUGCGCAACACCCACUGGGCCCCUCACUGCCCCCACCACAGGAUGUAGGGAUCCCCCUCAACACUGGGUAUAGGCCCAACCCCAAAGGGUGUAGGAACCCCCCCCAGAUCCCCCCACAUCGGGUGGAGGACGACCCCCCCACAUAGACACCCCCACCAGCCGUAGAGACUCCCGCUCCCCACAGGGUGUAGACGGCUCCCCCCCCCCCCCACUCCCCCCCCCAUGUGUCACAACCCCCACCACCCCAAGCACAGGACCCCCCACACCCCCUGUAUCUCCCCGUAUC